GAGUCGGGGUACUGCGGCUCGGCGGAACGCCCCCCUGGCGGUGAGUCGGGGUACGGCGGCCCGCUACAGGACGCGCCGCUCCGCGCAGGGACUGGUUCUUUCGCAGCCAUUUUCUGUCCAACCAAACAGCCGUUCCGAGAAGAUGGACGGAGACGGUUCCACCACAGACGCCUCCCAGCUGGGUAUCACCGGAGAGUACAUGGCGUCCGGGCACUACGUACUGCAAUCACAAGAAGAUGACGGGGAUGAGAGUCUAAACGACCAUGAGGAGGGGGGCAUUAAGGAGAACUUCAGGGAACAGGACAUCUACCUGCCCAUCGCCAACGUGGCUCGCAUCAUGAAGAACGCCGUCCCGCAGACGGGGAAGAUCGCCAAAGACGCCAAGGAGUGCGUGCAGGAGUGCGUGAGCGAGUUCAUCAGCUUCAUCACGUCGGAGGCCAGCGAGCGCUGCCACCAGGAGAAGAGGAAAACCAUCAACGGCGAGGACAUCCUGUUCGCCAUGUCCACGCUGGGCUUCGACAUGUACGUGGAGCCGCUGAAGCUGUACCUGCAGAAGUUCAGAGAGGUGAGCGAGUUCCGAGUGUGGGGGUUGGGGGGGGGGGGGGCUUGUUGGUUCUGUGGCGGAGGACAUCCUUCUAGAGCAGGGGUCAGCAACCUUUUCAACAUGCAGUGCCAGUUUGAAAUGUUCUCUUUAAUGAGUAUGCCUAAAGCAACAAUAUAUUAAACAUUAAGCUGAAUUAUGCCACGGCGACCAAAAACAUUUCCAGAAGACCUGGAAU